GGGUUUGACUGUGGUCAACCUCUCCUCUAUAAAGAAGCCCUUCCUUCUGACUGAACUCACUGCAGCAGGACCUUCACUUGUAACACAGAAGAAAACUAAAGAAGUGGACAGCAUCCAUCAGACAUCUCUCUCCAACAAAUAAGAUGGCUGGUCUGUGCUGGAUGGCGGUGAUGCUGGCCUUCGUUCUGUCUGUUGGAAACAGUGUGGAUGCUGUGACCCCGGAGAUCCUUGCUAGAUUUGUAGAUCGCAUCUUAGGAAAGUACGGAACUGAUGGCAUGUUCAGUUUGGCUGUAAUGAUCCCACAGAACCAGAACCAGAACCAGGACCAGAACCUUCAGCAAGUCUUUAAAACUGAUCUUGGUAACAAAGUGAGGAAUAUGAUGAACAAAAACCAGGUGUACAUCGGCAACAGGGUGGUUGCAGCCAAAUUUCUGAAAGGAGCUGAUCAUGCAGAGUUACGUGUUUUGGCCAAUAUGCAAGGCUUGCUCGACCAUCAUAAUGCUGAAGAUAAUUUUUUGCUUUUCUAUGUUUAUGCCUCCCCAUGUCCUCAGUGUCCACUUAACAGGAACUGGGGCAAGCUCAAUAGGCGUGUGGGUGGUCAUGCUUUUGUUUUUACUAAAUUAUUCAUACCCACAAAUUCGCCAGACUUCUCUGACACAGACCGGUCUACAGCCCUUACCCAGCUGGGGAAUGCUGUCAAUCGGCACACCAUAUUCCGUUGUGAGGGGGACGUAACAAUGUGCGCUGCACCAGCUGUGUUGACAGAAACAACAUUGCACAAUAUUGUUAUGUCCAGCCGCCUGUUUCCAGUCACAACCAGCCCUCCACUUCAGGUUGAGGGCAGCAGGUUCAGUCACAGAGGCAGAAAAGUUCUCGGGACCGCUGUGAUUCAGGUUGUAUUGAUCUGCAGGGUGUAGAAUAAGUUCUUCAGAAAAGAUUACAAAGUUAACGUGUGAUGAGCCAGAUUUCUUUAAAGAGGUGGUAUUCUGCUUUUUGUCUUUUCCCCUCUCCUUUAUUGAGUUAUAUCUUUUUUGUGCAUGUAACAGGUUUGCAAAGUGAAAAAGCCCAAAGGGAGUUCCCA